AGUUAAAGUUGCUGCUCCUUUUAUCCUUAAUAGGCCACAAUAUCCUUUUCUGUUACAACUGUUAAUAUAUGUGCCAAGACAUAUAAACAAUUCCAAAAUAGGAUUACCAAUAACGUCUUAUAAUGUCAGUUGCAUUUAUAUGCAGGACGUGUGGCAAACAGAUUGACCGUCUCCAUGCCAAAAACCUUUUCGCAGAUAAGGGCGAUGAGAUUCUGAAGAAAAUACAAGCCUUAACUGGCAUUUGGUUUACAGAUGAGUUAGAUAUGCCGGGAAAGAUUUGCGCUUACUGCCUGUUAGACUUGGAACAUGCCAUAGCAUUCCGAGAGCGCUGUAUAAAAACUAAUACCAUGUUGAUGCGUCAAAAUUUGGAAAAGAAACAGACCUCCAAUAAAUCCAUUUGUCCAUUUGUCAAUGACAAUGAUCCACUAUCAAAUGAUAAAAGUGGACUUAUUGAGCUCGAGGAUGGUUGUGACGCAACAGGUUCCGCAUAUUCCCAAAGUUCCCCACAGAUGCCUCCCAGAAUUUCACGCGCCUCGAUUCCAAAAUCUGUGCCGGAUCUUCAGUAUAAAAUUACAUCACAUAUUCCAUCCCGGAGAUAUUUUUGCAGGCAAUGUGGUAUGUAUUUUGAUGAUAAAUCAAAUUUUAGCCGACACCGUCAAAGGCACUUGGAUGAGACAACAGACGAAGAAAAUAUGCUUCAGACCGCUUUCGACCUAGCUGAGACUGUUUUUGAUAAUGAACAGUCUACUUUGCCAAAUGUGCCUGCUACCCACAACUCUUACAGAGGAUUGCAGAGCUCCAGCCAGACGAAUGAAACAAUUAAACCAUCGAAAGCGAAAAAGACGAGAAAAAGUGAGAGCUCGCCAUCCAGCAGCGCGUCCCGUGCGCCUAACAAAAGGAUUCGAAGGUUGGGGAAUUAUUUUUGUGAUCAGUGCGGCAGGCAUUUUAAUGACAAAGCGAACCUAAAUCGACAUCUGCAACGGCACAUGGGAGUUAAAAAAUUUGAAUGCCCGGAAUGCGGACACAAAGAUUAUACGCAGCAUCUAAUUAAUUUGCAUCAACGUAUACAGCACCAGGGCGAAAAGCCGUAUGCCUGUAAAUAUUGUGGCGAACGUUUUGCGAACAGCAUGGCACGUUUACGACAUCAACGGAGCCACAUGGAGUACUUGGAAUCGAGUGCAGAGGUGCCAGCCUUUACUUGUAAGUUAUGUAACAAGUCUUUCAGAAAGAAAAGCAUCUUGGAUACUCACGCUGUCGUGCACACGGGGGAACAACCUUUCAGCUGCGAUAUAUGCAAUGUGUACUUUAAUCGGAAGUCAAGCUUACGUGCUCACUACCGCUCGAAGUUUCAUCAGACAAAUGCUACGCUAAAACUAGACAAGACUGGAGUUGAAUCGGAAUAAAUAAU